AUGCCGGUUUAUGCUAUGAAUGUUUUCAAACUACCAGUUGGAAUUUGUGAGGAGAUAAAUGGUGUUUUGGCUAAGUUCUGGUGGAACAACAAUGAAGAUAGGAAAGGGAUGCAUUGGUUUGCUUGGAAACGACUAUGUCUAUCAAAAAAGGAAGGAGGACUCGGGUUUAGAGACAUAGAGAGUUUCAAUUUGGCGCUUCUCGGGAAGCAGGCUUGGCGGUUAUUACAGAAACCGGAAUGUUUGAUGGCAAGGGUAAUAAGAGGAAGAUAUUAUAGUGAUGGUAAUAUCCUGACGGCUAGAGUGAAGAAGAAGAGCUCCUUUAUUUGGAAGUCCAUACUGCAGGGACGUGAUUUAAUGAAAAAAGGAAUGAGGUUUGUAAUUGGCGAUGGGAGUAUAGUGAGUGCUUGGAUUGAUCCGUGGUUGCCGACACAUCCACCUAGAGCACCGAUUCCUCGAACUACAAGGAUUUGUUCCCGAGCUACAUAUGACAUGGUUGGUUGGCAUUACAACAAAAACGGUAUCUAUUCUGUUAAGUCUGCAUAUUGGUUAGCCACACAUCUUCCAGAGUUUCAAGUUAUUGAAUCACCAUCAAGCAACAUGGUUCUCAAUAAAGCGAUUUGGAAAAUCAGUACGGCUCCUAAGAUCAAGCAUUUUAUUUGGAAGAUAAUUUCGGGUUCCUUGUCUACUAAGGAAACUUUGAAGAGGCGACAUAUUAUCAGAGAUUCAACUUGUCUAAGAUGCUGUCAACAGGAAGAAACAGCAAGUCAUUUAUUGUUUGAAUGUCCAUAUGCUCAACAGGUCUGGAGAGGAAGUGGUUUAGCGGUUCUCAAUUUGGCUGAUCCUAUGAUUCCUUUGGAGGAAAAACUGGAGACUCUGUUUUUGGAUCGUGCACUAACCUCAUUUGAGAAGAAUUUCCAAACAGUAUUAUGGUUAUUAUGGAGGCUUUGGAAGAGUAGAAACAGUUUGGUCUUUCAGAGAAGAUCGAUCCAUUGGAGAUCACUUAUCAGAUAUGUGAAUAGAGAUGUAAUGGAAUUUUUAAACACCCAAGAGCUAAUGCAAGGGAUUUUUCCAAUCGGAAAUGGAGGGAGUCGGCCUAAUCGGACCCCAGAAGGAAAAUGGAGACCGCCACCAACAGGUUGGGUUAAAUGCAACUAUGAUGGAGCUUUUCACAACCGAGAUGUAAGCUCAAAUGCAGGAUGGAUAAUUCGGGAUGAGAAUGGAACCUACAAAGGAUCAGGUCAUGCUACGGACAACAAACCGAAUUCUGCUUUGGAGGGUGAGUUACAAGCCUUGAUUAUUGCGAUGCAACAAGCAUGGAUUAAGGGACAUCGGAAGGUGAUUUUUGAAGGAGAUUGCAAGGAAGUUAUUGAUUUGGUCAAUCGAGUCACUCUAAAUUUUGGAGUCUACAACUGGAUCAGAGAAAUCUGGUUCACUCUAAAUUUUGAAGAAUAA